AUGCGCUACAAAUAUUUGCGCUGCAGAGCAGGUUUUUCUUCCUCACCCCCCCACAAAAAAACAUUUCAUCUGCUGGUUGAGUGUAAGUUUAUGGCCAGAUACAUGAGGCCCCCAAACACGUCUUUGUUCGUCAGAAACAUCUCCGAUGAAUCCAGGCCUGAGGAUUUGCGGCGUGAGUUUGGCCGCUAUGGGCCGAUAGUAGAUGUCUACAUCCCACUUGACUUCUAUACACGCCAAUCAAGAGGAUUUGCAUACAUUCAGUUUGAAGAUGUGCGUGAUGCAGAGGAUGCUCUUCACAGCCUGGACAGGAAGUGGGUUUGCGGUCGGCAAAUUGAAAUCCAGUUUGCCCAGGGUGACCGAAAGACACCAAAUCAGAUGAAGUCAAAGGAAAGGCGUUCUCCAGGCAGAUCCUCUCGAUAUGAUGACUAUGAUCGAGACAGCCGGCGCAGACGUUCGCGCAGCCGCAGCUACGAGCGAUACAGAUCACGCAGUCCUUCUUAUGAUCGGCAUCGCAGGCGAUCUGAUAGCCCUAGAGACUCUGGGCGGAUGUAUGGAAGAGGAAGAAGCAGGAGUCGUGAGGGUGACAGAUACAGGCAGAGGCCCCGGAGAGAGUCUCGAGGGAGAUCGCGCUCACGAUCCAAAUCCGCAUCUCCACGAGAGAGUGUCAACCCAGCGUCGACCUCCCAUUACACUGAAGAAGAAGUGCGACGUACACACUCCCCAUCCCGCUCCAGGUCCAGGUCCGCAUCAAGAUCACGCUCUCGUUCGCGUUCUCGGUCCCGAUCCUGGGCUGGGCGCAAGUCAGGAGGACGCUAGAAGAGUACCUGCUCCCCGCUCCUAUCCGUCAUUAUGUCAGAUGCACCAGAGUUGGUUCAUUUGUUAAGAAAUGUUUGUUUUGACAUGAAUGUAACGUCCACUGAACCAUUUGUAGAAAGCUUGUUUUUGCGGCUCCAUUUUAAGAACAAUGCUCGUCCUUUGCUCGGUUUUAUAAAACUGUAUUGGUGAGAUUCCCUGAUAGAAAUAUGAAACAGCGGUUUCUGUGUUCAGUGGUAGUCGGCCAGGAAUAAUUGUCUUUUUUAUAUGCGGUUACUGAUGAUUUUGUUUUCUAAACCCUAUGCACCCAUUUUUGCAAAAAAAACAAAAAAAAAAACAACAUUCAGUAUUUUAAAAUGAAUCCAGUCUGUUGCCGAACUGAACCAGUGUUUCUGUGUAUUUUAUCACAUUAUCAUUACCCAGCUCCUCCAGGAUUUUGCAGAAGGUAUUUUGGACUGUUGGGGGCUGAAAUGCCUGAUUUCACAGGAGCUCACAAUCCCACAGCAGUGGUUUCACGAUAAAUGGGGAGAGAGAGAGAGAGAAAGUGGGGCAAGGAGGGGCUGAGCAAAUCAGUAUGCUCGAACAGCUCAAGAAUAAAUUGAGAAUUUACCUUUGCUAAACAGUCAAAUUUACAGUUAGAUUGUGGUGAUUGGACAAAAUUGCAAGGUCGUGCAGAAUUGAAGGUGAUUGGCUGAAUUUGUGUUAAUUUUUGUGAUAGCAACAUUCUGGAGGGGUUGGAUAUGACUCUUAUUACUUUACUGUUGAUUUUUCUCAUAUUUUUCUUGUUUUUAUUCCCUUCUUUCAGCCACAGGUGUUCAUUUAUUUUACCUUAUCAAAAUGAAUAUUGUGGAACUUGUUUGGAAUAAUCUGUCACAGUAAAUGUUAAGAUAAUCAAUAACCUGUAUUGUCAAAGUAGCAGACUGAAAUGAAACGUGCAUUACCCACUAACAAUAACACAACAGAAAAAAACAGAACAAAAUCAGACUUGACAUUCAGGUUUUAUGUUAAUACAAGUUAUUUUCAUGCAAAGAGGCUGCCUGGAAGAAAAACAUUAAAAAUCAUGAGGAUAUCGUGUGUUGGAUCAUCAGUAGUUAUCAAGUGUGUGAGUAUUGAGGCUAAAAUACACAGAAACGCAGUUUUAGUCCUUGAAAGUGUUAAAAUAUUGCCCAGUGACUUAAACCACAAACUGUUUAAAAUGUACAUUAAUCUGUUUUAAUUUUAUGGUGUUUUCUGUAAGAUUAGACCUCCUUUCAGAAGGUAUUUUAUUUUUGGAACGUUUUGGUUGUGAUGGGUGUUAAUUCGACUGUCCUGGUGGUUUUUCAGGAAGAAUCUUUGUCACUGCAUGUUUUACUCUCCUAAUCUUAUAUCUUUAGUAGGAAUAAACUGUUAUUUUGAGUAAUAAAUGGAUAACAUUCAGCAUAAGGAA